CCUCAAACCAUUCGCAAUCACUUGAAAUCUUUUUUCUUUCUCUAGUCCCGACACUUCUUGUUUGUGUCGUUUAAUUAAGUUUUUCCAGAAAAACUUCAGCACCGUCAAAAUGGCCAAACGUACCAAGAAGGUAGGAAUCGUAGGUAAAUAUGGUACCCGAUAUGGUGCCUCGCUGCGUAAGAUGGUCAAGAAGAUCGAAAUCACCCAGCACAGCAAAUACACCUGUUCUUUCUGCGGCAAAGAAUCUAUGAAGAGGGCGUGUGUUGGAAUCUGGUCUUGCAAACGUUGUAGAAGGACUGUAGCUGGAGGAGCAUAUGUAUAUUCCACAACAGCUGCAACUACUGUAAGAUCCGCAAUCAGACGUUUGAGGGAAGUAAAUGACUUAUAAUUUCUGACAUUUGAUUAUUAUCUAAUAUAAGAACAUUCUUAAAAACCAAAA